AUGCGUGUUGAACUAAAAAACGUUUACAUUAGCAGCUAGCUUAUAUUUUAAAAGCGUAAAAAUGCCAAAAGACAUAUCAUCAUCAUCUUCAUCUUCAAGCGAGGAUGAAGAGGAUACUGGUGCCAUGGAAACAACUGCGCCUCAGGGAGAAACCGGAAAGAAGAACAGGAGGUUUGAGUGUCCCGAGGAGUUUGUGUCGUUCUGCCACGUCCCCUGCAGGAGCACGCUGGCAGACAAUCUGAGGAACAACCAGAACGAGUUGUGGCUCAUUAAAGCUCCUGCCAGCUUCGACCCUCAGCGCUUCAGCGGCGUUAAGGUUCCCCUCACAGGCCUGCAGACCCUGAAGGUUCCUUCCGCCUCCACCGGUGGGUCCAGCCAGCAGAUCUACAGCGUCCUGGCAUCGACCCGCUGCCCCGCAGAUCUUCACCUGCUCACCAGCGAUAAUCAGACAUCGGACGGCUUCGUCUUCGCUCCCGCGUUUUCCGGCCUGCUGAACAUCUGCGAGAGCUACGGAGACAGCAGCACCAACCAGGUCCCUCACGUCAUCCCUGCCGCUCCGCCUCCCUCCAUACCCCCCGGCCUCAAACAGCGCUUCCACCCCUUCGGCAGUAAGACCCCCACUCUCACCUACGUGGCCGAGGACGAGGCGGAUGGUGCUGCGUUUGGACCUUCGUCCACCACCCUCCGGCCUCUGGUGAUGAAGCAGUUCAUUGAAGAAGGGGGUUCUGUGGACGACGAUGACAAUGAGGAGGAAGGCAGGAAAAAGAAGAAGAAGAAGAAAAACAAAGAGAAGCGGAUAAAGUCGGAACAGGUGGAGCUUCUGCUGAAAGUGAAGCGGGAACCUUUCGAUGAAAUCCCGGAUGAACGUAUGACCGAGGUCCCCUUCCAGGACGACGUUCAGCAGGCUGAGAAGACGACGACGAAGAAGAAGAAGAAAAAGAAGAAGGAGGAGGACAGGGAGCGAGAGGAGAUGGAGGAAGGACUGGAGCACAGUGUCAGAGUCAAGGUGGAACCAGUUUCUGUGAAAUGUGAACCGCUGGACAUUUUAUAUGGCGACACAGCAGAGAGCUCAGGGAAGAAGAAGAAAAAGAGCAAGAAAAGGAAACUGGAGGAGGACUAAUUGUUUGGACAUUUAUUGCAUCUUUUUAAAUGUAUUUUGCAAACAUGAACGCUUUAAUCAUAUGAAGUUAUGAAGCUGAUCUAUUUUGAAUCUUUAAUGAUGUUUUCCUCACAUUUUAACCUCGGUGAUGCAACAGCAGCUUUAGGAAGAAGUGACGGAUGGAAAAUAAGGACGUUUUGUUCCAGUUCCUGUCAGCUGGUGGUGGAUUUAUGGCUUUAAAGCCACUCUGUCGAUGUAUCCAUUCACACAACCAACAGCGCUGCUCUGGCAGCCCAGCUGAUGAAGACGUAAUGAGAUUCUGUCGCCAUGAGAGUUACUGGUUGUUUUUCAGCUGAAUGUUUCAGGAAUGAUAUGUAGACACAAAAUCUGGAACUGAAUAAAAGUUUAACGA